AGUGACGGAGUUGAACCAUGUCCAAGCUCACAAUUGGCAUCAUCGGCGGCUCGAGCCUCUUCCACUCGACCCGAUUCUCGUCCCUGGCGCAGAAGGUCGUGGACACGGAGCAUGGCUCGGUGCUUGUGUACACUGGCGUGUGGGGCAGCACGACCCACGACAUUGUGUUCAUCCAGCGCCACCACGCAGACGCCGCCAACCACGAGUACAACCAGCCGGCGAACGUCAACUACCGCGCGAUAGUGACGGCGCUGAAGCAAGAAAAGGUGGACUGCAUUAUUGGCGUGUACUCUGUUGGAUCCAUGCGCUUGGACAUCCCCAUCGGCCAGUUGGUCAUCCCCGACGACUACUUUAACCCGUUCAACAUCCUCAACAUCUCGACGUCGUACGAAGCUCACGUUGUCCCACACAUCACCGAGCCAUUGCGCACGCACUUGGUGCAGUUGCUGCAACAAGCCAACUUGAACGUGCGGGAUGGCGGCGUGUACGUGCAAACGUCAGGGCCGCGCUUCGAAACCAAGUCGGAAAUCCGAUUCUUUUCCCAAUAUGGAGUACUACGCGUAUAAUACAAGUGAAACACCAACUCGAUAUGUAGGAGCUGGUGGGCAUGACGGGGGCACACGAAGCAGGUCUAGCCAACGAAGUCAAGUUGCCAUUUGCGAUGGUAUCAAUCGUGGAUAACCUGGCCAAUGGCCUCGGCCACAAGUUGACGUUGGACGCGUUUAAAGUCGCCCAAAAGGCCAACGCAACCGCGAUGGAAGUGGCGGUGGUGUAUAUUUUGGACCAUUUCGAUGCCGCAGUUGGCUUGACCGAGUAGGAGAGAGAUAGAGUAACAACAACUACCCACCGCACCUACAUAUGUACUCUCACGUACUAGUAAUGAAACUACUCACGUACUAAGUAGUACUGAAACUACGUGUAACGUUAAUGGAGGAAUCCUGUCG